UGCUGCUGGAAUCUUAAAGAUGGCAGACCCAAGAAACGGUGAUGCACGAGCUCCUCCUUCUGGACCUGCUGGGCAUACCUACGCCAUUGAUGUCACGAAGUUCAUCUCACGUUCAAGAGCCUUGUAUGCACACUGGAACGAGCACAUCACCGACCUAUGGGGAUCUGCGGACGCUCUUGCCGUAACUACCCAUCCUUCUUCUAAUGACCUUCGCUACCUGAAAUCCUCUGCUUUACAUAUUUGGCUUCUUGGGUAUGAGUUUCCCGACACUAUAAUGGUCUUCACCUCAAAGCAGAUCCAUUUCUUGUGCAGCAAGAAAAGAGCAACUCUGCUUGAAGUUUUGAAACAACCUGCACGUGACGAGUUGGGGAUAGAUGUUGUCAUGCAUGUAAAGGCUAAAAGUGACGAUGGAGCUGCGCAGAUGGAAGCAGUGUUCCGUUCCAUCCGUGAGUCCCAAGUUGUGGGACAUAUUGCUCGUGAAGCUCCUCAAGGCAAGCUUCUGGAGACGUGGACCGAGAGGUUAAAGAAUGCAAAGUUUCAGCUCGUUGAUAUCACUCCGGGGUUGACUGAUAUCUUUGGUGCUAAAGACGGAACUGAGAUUAUUAAUGUGAAGAAAGCUGCGUAUCUUUCCUCCAGCGUGAUGAAAAACGUUGUCGUUCCGAAACUUGAGAAGGUCAUUGAUGAGGAGAAAGAUGUCACCCACUCUCUGUUGAUGGCUCUCACCGAGAAAGCGGUACUUGAUCCGACGAAAGCCGGUGUAAAGCUGAAGCCAGAGUGUGUCGACAUAUGCUACCCUCCUAUAUUUCAGAGUGGAGGAAAGUUUGAUCUCAAGCCUAGCGCUGUAAGCAAUGAUGAUCUGCUCACUUACGAUCCAGGGAGCGUUAUUAUAUGUGCUGUUGGUGCUCGUUACAAUAGUUAUUGCUCUAACGUCGCCAGGACUUACCUAAUAGAUGCAAGUAGUCUCCAGAGGAAGGCUUAUGAGGUUCUUCUCAAGGCGCAUGAGGCUGCUAUUAAUGGUCUGAGGUCAGGAAGAAAGUUGAGCAGUGUCUAUCAAGCUGCAGUUUCAGUGGUUGAAAAGGAAGCACCUGAGUUGGUUGAUAAGCUGACUAAAUCUGCUGGUACUGGUAUCGGUCUUGAGUUCCGAGAGUCUGGAUUAAAUAUCAACGCAAAGAAUGAUAAAGUGUUGAGACCACAGAUGGUGUUUAAUGUGUCACUUGGUUUCCACAACUUGGAAUGUGAGAGCAAGAAGAAGAUAUUCUCACUUUUUCUGGCCGAUACUGUAAUUGUUAAAGACGAGGAUCCUGAGGUUUUGACGGCCAAGUGCUCCAAACUUGUUACAGAUGUGACUUACUACAAAGAAGAGAAGCCGAGGAAGAAGGCAAGGACCAGCAGCAGCGGUCCUGAGAACUACUUCAUCAACAAGACAUCGCUUAGAUCAUAUAGUAACGUGGUCUCGAAAGAUGAGCUGCAGAUGCGGAAGCAGCACCAGGCAGAGCUUGCACGCAAGAAGAACGAAGAAACUCUCAUAAGGCUUAUUGGUUCUACUGCAAAGACGACUUCAACUGAUUCGGUUGCUUACAAGAACGUCAAUGAUGUGCCUCAGCCUCGUGAUCUGAUGAUCCAGGUUGAUAUGAAGAAGGAGGCUGUAUUGUUACCCAUCUAUGGUAGCAUGGUUCCAUUUCAUGUGUCGACGAUAAGGACAGUUUCGAACCAGGAGGAUAGCAACCAGAACAACUACAUCCGUGUCAUUUUCAAUGUCAUAACUAUGAAAAACCAAGGUGCUAUAUACCUCAAGGAGGUUUCAUUCAAGUCCAAGGAUUCAAAGCGUAGCAGCGAAGUGGUUCAGGCGAUUAAGAAUCUUAGACGGCAAGUCAAUGCUCGAGAGUCGGAGAGAAUCGAAAGAGGGACGCUUGUGAACCAGGAGAAGCUUCGGCUUGCAGGAAACAAGUUCAGACCCCUCAGGUUGUCUGGUCUGUGGAUCAGGCCGCAGUUUAGUGGUCGCAAGAGGAUUCCUGGGACACUGGAAGCUCAUGCCAAUGGUUUCAGAUACUCGACAACUAGGACUAACGAGACGGUAGAUGUCCUGUUUGCAAACGUAAAGCAUGCGUUUUUUCAGCCGGCUGAGAAGGAGAUGCUCACCAUCAUGCAUUUCCACUUGCACGACCACAUCAUGGUGGGAAGCAAGAAGACAAAGGACGUCCAGUUUUACGUGGAGGUGAUGGAUGCUGUGCAGUCUCUUGGUAGGAGAUCAUCAUCAUCAUCAGCCUAUGAUGACCCAGACGAGAUUUACGAAGAGCAGAGGGAGCGUGAUAGGAAGAAACAGAUCAACGUGGAUUUCGAUCAUUUUGCGACACGUGUCAGUGCUCUCGAGUUUGAUCAACCGUUGAGAGAGCUUGGUUUCAGUGGCGUCACGCACAAGGAACGUGUUUUCAUCAUCCCGGCGUCCAGCUGUUUGGUUAUGCUCACUGAGACCCCGUUUUUGGUGGUUAGUCUGUGUGAGAUUGAGAUUGUGAAUCUCGAGAGAGUUCAGUUUGGUCUGAAGAACUUUGACAUGGCCAUAGUAUUCAAGGACUUCAAGAAAGAUGUCCUCAAGAUUAACUUAAUCGACACGAGUUCUCUAGAAGGGAUAAAGAAGUGGCUUGACGCUAUAGAUAUAAAGUACUACGAGAGCAAAGUGAACCUCAGCUGGAGACUCAUCCUCAAGAAAAUCACGGAUGAUCCUCAGGGCUUUAGAGACGAUGGAGGAUGGGAGUUUUUGAACCUCGAGAGGAACGAUUCAGAAUCUGAUGAGGAGUCAGACCAAGGUUACGAGCCACCAGAUGCAGAGGAUGAGUCUGAUGAGUCGGAGGAUGAGGAUUCUGAGAGCAUGUCAGAGGACGAAGAAGAAGAAGAAUAAGACUACUGAAGAAGAGAA